GAGUCCAAAACCCAGUUAUUCUUUACUUUUUCUUUCGUGUUCUUUAGAAGCGGAGAGCCAAGAGGAAGAAUCAGAGGAAAGCAGAGAGGCAAAAGAUAGCUCUAAAGCAGUAAAAUAAUGGUGGAUUACCAUUUCGUUUACAAAGAUGUAGAAGGAGCUUCGACUAAAUGGGACGAUAUUCAAAGAAAGCUUGGGAAUUUACCGCCAAAGCCACCUGCUUUCAAGCCUGACCCUUUUGAACCCGCACCCGACCCGGAUUCAGCCGCGAAGGACAAGUCUUGGAUCGAUGAAAAGACUGAAGAAGAACUUGAAGACCUUGAAGAUGUUCUCGAUGAUGAUCGAUUCCUUGAAGAAUACAGAAAGAAGAGGCUGGGUGAGAUGAGGGAAGCAGCUAAGAUUUCAAAGUAUGGAUCAGUGAUACCGAUUUCAGGAUCUGAUUUCGUGCGGGAGGUUUCACAAGCUCCUCAGGAUGUCUGGGUGGUUGUCAUUCUCUACAAAGAAGGAUUUCCAGAGUGUGGGCUGCUUUUGCUGUGUUUGGAAGAAUUGGCAGUUAAAUACCCAGCAACAAAGUUUGUUAAGAUAAUAUCUACUGAUUGCAUUCCUAACUACCCAGAUCAUAAUCUUCCGACUCUCUUGGUAUAUAACAAUGGAGCAGUGAAAGCAAAUUAUGUGGGCUUGCAUAGUUUUGGCCGAAGAUGCACGGCUGAAGGGUUGGCCUUAGUUCUUUGUCAAUCAGAUCCUGUACUAAAUGAUGGUCAAAAUGGGAGUGAUCCAUCACCAAAAGCUGUUCUCGAAGGAGUUCGAAGGAGGUUUAUAGAGAAAGUUGUUACCCAGCAUGAAGAUCAUGAUGAUGAAGGAUCGUCAAGUGAUUAGAAGUUUGGCAAAUUCAUUUGGUUGGAAAAAGAUUACUGUUGACAGACUAUUGUAAUUUCUGGUUUCUUUGCUUCUUUUUUUUGGUUCUUCUUUUUGAUUGGUUGCUUGUCAAUCUGCUUCAACUAUAUUGAUCAUGUAUCCGAAGAAGUCAUUGUUGAGAAAACCUGACUACCAAUGAAGCCUGUGUCUUUGAAAUGAAUUUGAAUUUGAGAAAUCAAAUUCAAUUUUUGGUCUAAAGGAAUAUAAACUAUUUAAAAAAAAUCUUACUGAAAAUAUUGUAUUGAGUAGUUCUAUUCUCAAGCUGAAUACCAUUUUGCUUACAGAACAAAACAAUAGUUUGACAGGUAUUUCAAUACUGGAUUGACCUCCAUAUUGGCAUAACAAUCUUGAAUUGAAUUUGCUAAAUCAAAGGAAAACAAUCUUGAAUAGCUAUGGAUGAGGAAUCGAUUUUGAUUAUCAAUAUUUUCAUCACAACUUGACGUGACUUACAAAAACAAAAGGGAAAGAAGAAAUCAAACCGGCAAGAACUUGUUAUGUAAAUGCAUGUCAGGGUGAGGUAGAAUAUUUAAUUAAGAUUUUUAAUAAUUUCACUUCAGAGGUAUCUUUUUUAUGAACUUUGUUUGGUCCUUUUGCAAUUUU